AUGCUUAGUCGUUGCAGACCGGCGUGGAGCCAACAGAAUCCUGCGCCGUCUAGUGGUAGCAUGUCCAUUCCACUAUCAUAUCAUGAAGACGUUGGCUUCAAAAGUCAUGUCAGUCUGGACUGUGAAUGCUUGGUUCUCAUCAUUUGUUUCUCACAGGUGUGUCUUGUGACGGGUGUCGCAGCGGGAACUUUUCCGGAAACCGAUACAAGUGUCUCCGAUGCUACGACUUCGAUUUGUGUCAAGCAUGCUAUCUCAGCAAUAGAUACGGUGUAUGAAGGGGAUAGUUCGAAGAAUUACGAUGCAUGUCGAAUUGCGUCAUUUACUUGUCCAUACUGUGGAGCUAAUGGGCUCAGCCUUCGGAGUUUUGCAAGUCACAUCCUUAGUUUACAUGCUGACCCUCCAGUACCUCGCGUAAAUGUGAUUUGUCCUAUGUGUAUCGCAUGUCCUGAAUUCGACGCCAAUAGAGAAAUUGACAAUCUGAAGACUCACUGGACAGCGUUUCAUGCGUAUGUUAGAAAUUUGGAGGCUGCCACGUAUCGUGCUGAACCAACACGUACUCUUGGCACCACUCGUCGACCUAUGUUAGCAAGAAGAACGGCUCGUCAGCCUGCUGGUGUUGGUGUAAAUAUUGGUGGUGGUGGUGCAACUGCUCAGCCUCCGACAGUUGGUAUUGCUACAGGACCAUCCACCAUUGGUUUACCACCUUGGAGUGCUGAUAUUUCCGACGUAGAUGAAAUGUUCCGAAUGGUGAAUCUCACUCGACACAUUCCGACCUUGCCUCAUAUGCCGAUUACUGCGGAAAUGCAACGUGUUAGCAAUCAGCUAUUUCAGCCGGUUGCAAAUGGUACAGGUCUUUUGCCUACUUUGGGUUCUCUGCGUAAUGUUGUUACAAGAAAUAGUGAAUAUGCACAACCGCGAAACUCUACCUCUGGCAGGCAGACUUCUGUUGCAACAGCACUUCCUCAAAUAGUUCGACCUUUACGGGUGGUUUCCAUCUAUCCCUCAACUGAUUCUCAGGUUGGCACUCCUGACGAACUGGAGCCAUUCGAGGAGUUAACAGAAGAUGACUCUAGUGAUGUAGGUGCUUUUGUAGAUGACGUGGACGUUACGCAAGAAGAACAUGAAUAUCAUCGUUCUGAAAUGGCGAUGACGGUUAGCGACCAUAGCGUUACGUCUCAUAUUGUGUGCGAAGAUAGCGCUACCACUGCGGCGCCGUCUGACAGUGAAUUCGAAUUCACUUUUUCUGCUUAUGAAGACAGUGAAACAUCUUCGAACCCUGGAGACAAUGAGGGAGGUGAUUCGUUAUCACUCACAGAGAAUAAACUAUCGCCUUUCGACCGUCCACUUUCAAAAAGGGAUAUUUGGAAAGCUUUGAGGUCAGAGCUAACGUCGGAAGAGUUUGAGACAUUCAAGAACGUUUUACGGAGGGAACCGAGCAGGGAUUUAGACGAAAACGAGGGUGAUCCAGUGGCAGAACUGGCAGGAAGAGAACAGGAACAGGUGAAAACGGCCGACAAUCGGGAAGCGCAGAGUUGGCUGAGUCUCGUCUAUGAUGUGCCACCACUCCAGUCCUUUUCAGUUGGUGGUUACUGGAACGAUAAGCGUUUUCUUAGGCAGCGGGCUAUUUGGAGCGAAUGUAUAUUCAUUUUCAGAAAGAUGAAUCGGGAGAUGGGUAUGUCAAGUGGUACCGAAUCCAUUUUGGAUAAAGCAGAUAUUGUACUGGCUAUGAUUCGUGAUAUUGGCGUUGUUCCACCUAAAGGGAGAGAAUAUUCAAGCCAUGGAGAUUUUUUGGUUUCUUCUAGGAUGCUUUGCUCGUGGCUUCGCAACAGCUACAGUCAGAAUCUGAUAUUGUUACUGCGAUUUCGACAGACACAACAAUCCGCUCACCACACGAAAUGCAAGAUGGUGCUUCCGCUUUACAACCUGCUUCUUCUUCUCAAGUUAGUCGGGUUACCAUAUUCCUGUUUUCUUAGUGAUGGUGAAUCUUCUGAGGAUGAUGACGUGUCGGAACAAUCAGUUCGUCCAGACGAGGUUGAAUUCCUCGCAAAUGACGCCACAUCACGCGCAUAA